AUGGCAUCUGCCGCAAACACGAUUCUUUUGUUGUUACUCUGUUGUCGCCCCUCUGCGAAUAGUACCUCUUAUUAUUCCGUGAUUUUGAGCAGGGUAGUAAAAUGGUGUCACGAGACAGAAAGCCAGAGCCUUGGUGAAAUUCGACCUAAGGAACACAGUCAUGGCAUUUCCACCUUAAUUAAACCUUCAUAUAUAACUAUCAAUUUGCCCAUUCACACCCACGAUUCGACGAACAAUCUUGGACUUGACCGCGUUGAGGUAUACCGGGGCUCAACGAUCCGCAGCAAAUCAUCGUUGACUGUUGGGCGGAGUUGCACGGACUUCAUACCAGAAGAAGCAUCAUUUUUCAAGACCCCUGGAGGAACCAGCAGUUGGGAGGUUAGGGACAUGUUGCAGCUAUAUCUCCCAGAGGCAGAAUAUGUAAUCUCUGUCCUUAAUGUCAGCAACUACCGGUUGUCCGUCCGGACUUGA